GACAGCUAUCGAAACAAGAAGAAGAACAUCGUCUUUAUUUUCUUUUUGUGGCCUCUUAGGAAACUAGGCCAAAAUGGGUAGACGUCCCGCAAGAUGUUACCGUUACUGCAAAAACAAGCCCUAUCCGAAAUCGCGGUUCUGUAGAGGUGUACCCGACCCCAAAAUCAGAAUCUUCGAUUUGGGUAAAAAGAAGGCCACAGUUGAAGAUUUCCCUCUGUGCGUCCAUUUAGUGUCCGAUGAAUACGAACAGCUCAGUUCCGAAGCGCUGGAAGCCGGGCGUAUCUGCGCCAACAAAUACUUGGUCAAGCACUGCGGUAAAGAUCAAUUCCACAUACGUAUGAGACUUCAUCCUUUCCACGUUAUCAGAAUCAACAAGAUGUUGUCCUGUGCUGGAGCUGAUAGGCUCCAGACCGGAAUGAGGGGAGCCUUCGGCAAGCCCCAAGGCACCGUUGCCCGCGUUCGCAUCGGACAACCGAUCAUGAGCGUUCGCUCCAGCGACCGUUUCAAGGCGUCCGUCAUCGAGGCUCUGCGUCGUGCGAAAUUCAAGUUCCCCGGUCGCCAGAAGAUCUACGUCUCCAAGAAAUGGGGCUUCACCAAGUACGAACGCGAACAGUACGAGACCCUCAAGAACGAAGGAAGGCUGGCGCAGGACGGUUGUAACGUUAGGUACAGGCCGGAACACGGACCUCUGGCUGUCUGGAAAAAGGUACAGGAAGAGAUCCACGGUUAGGUCUGUCUUUUAUAAUAUGGUUAACGUAAAUUUAUUCUGAAUAAAUUUAUUUCAAAUU